AUGGCGUGGGCUUCACCCACUGCGCACGUCCAUGAUGUAGCCAUGUUACUCCUCCUAGUGCUAGUUCAGUGUCCUGCUUCCUCCUCCUGUCCCGGUGGAGUAGACUUCAUCUUCGAGGGGUUCCACCAGCCGUCCAACCUGAGCGUUGAUGGCUCAGCGCUGAUCUUGAGCAGUGGCGCUCUCCAGCUGACGAACAGCAGCAACCAUAUUAUGGGCCACGCAUUCUUCCAUUCCCCAAUCAAGAUUCUCCAAGGCGAGAGCGAGUCGACGUUGGAAGUAACCCACUGGAGCACAAUCUUUGUGUUCGACAUCGUGACAAGUUCCGAGAGUGGCAGCGGCCAUGGGCUGGCCUUUGUGAUUGCCCCAUCAAAGCAGCUCCCUGGGGCGUUCGAUCAAGACUACCUUGGCGUCCUUGGGCCAACCACCAACGGGAAUUCCUCCAACCAUGUCUUCGCAGUCGAGUUCGACACACAAUCGAUUGCUGCUCUGAAUGAGCCGAAUGGCAGCCAUGUUGGUGUAGACAUAAACAGCGUCGUCUCCACGGUGUCUGAGCCAUCCUCGUACUACACAGACGACAACAAGAGGGUGGCCAUGCCGCUUGACAGCGGGCGGCCAAUCCAAGCAUGGAUAGACUACGAUGGUACAACCAACGUCCUCAAUGUGAGCAUUGCUCCUGUACCCAUGCCACAACCUCAGCGCCCACUUAUAUCUACACAAGUUGACCUUGUUCCAGUCUUCAAAUCGAACAUGUAUGUUGGCUUUUCAUCAGCGACCGGGAAACUGGCAAGCUCACAUUACAUCUUAGCCUGGAGUUUCCGGACCAACAACGGAUCAGCACAGCACAUUGAUCUUUCCCGGCUGCCAAAAGUUCCGAGACCCUCUCCGUCUCCUCCCAAAUCCGCCAUCAUCAAGAUUGCUGCCCUGGCAUGUGCUUCAACUCUACUUGUCACAGCAGCAGUUUGGGCUAUGAUUUUGCUGGUGCGACGGAGGGCCGCUCUUGCGGAGACACUGGAGGACUGGGAGCUAGAGCAACCCCACAGAUUUUCAUACAAGGAUCUGUACAGGGCAACCAAAGGGUUCAAGAAAAGUGAGCUCGUCGGGGCGGGUGGGUUCGGUCAGGUGUACAAGGGCGUGCUGCGACGCAGCGGGGAUGAGGUGGCGGUAAAGCGGAUGUCGUCGAGCAACACGAGGGAGGCCAUGCGGGGGUUCGUGGCCGAAAUCGCGAGCCUGGGGCGCAUGCGCCACAGGAAUCUCGUGGAGCUGCGGGGUUGGUGCAGGCGUGGACAGGACAUGUUCCUCGUCUACGACUUGAUGCCCAACGGCAGCCUCGACAAACACUUGUUCGGCGACGGCGAGCGCUCCUUGUCGACGUGGGCCGAGCGCUUGGAGAUUAUCAAGGGCGUCGCCUCGGGGCUGACCUACCUGCACGAGGAGUGGGAUCAGGUGGUGGUGCACCGUGACGUGAAGCCCAGCAACGUGUUGCUCGGUGACGGCAUGGUCGCGCGGCUCGCCGACUUUGGCCUCGCCCGCCUGUACGACCACGGCUCCUCCUCCGGCCAGCUCGCCACCGCCACACGCGUGGUUGGAACCCUCGGCUACAUGGCACCGGAGCUGACUGCGUCCGGCCGACCCACGACGUCCACGGACGUCUUCGCGUUCGGCGUCCUGCUCCUUGAGGUCGCAUGCGGCCGUCGCCCCAUCCAGCGCGACGACACGACCGGUCUAGACGUCACCUUGGUCAGAUGGGUUCGACGCCUGGCGCUCAGGGGUGACGUGAUGCUGGCACUGGACCCCAGACUGCACUGUAUGCGCUACGAGGAGCAAGAUCAGGCAAAGCUGGUGCUGUGGCUCGCCAUGAUGUGCAGCCAGGAUAAACCGGACGCCCGGCCAAGCAUGCGCCAGGUAUGCCGCUACCUUGAUGGUGAGCUAACUGUCCAAGAAGACGCCGCGCUCAUAUUCUCCAACACGCCCGACUUCUCCAUGGGAUUGGGAUGGUCCUCGUGUGGGACCAUGUCGUUCACUUCACUCCGAGAUGGCCGGUGAUGUGCCCUACCAAUUCGGGCAAUCAGACUUCCAAACCUCUGCCACUGGGUGUUACUAGUACCACAAACCUGGUAAAGUGAUGUCACGAGCGAGCAUGCGACUCCAUCAUGAGCCCUGGCUUGGCCUCGCGCAUUGUACUUUAUAUAUCUUUUGUUGAAAUCCUUUUUCAUGUUUGUAUUCUAAAAAAAAGGUAAAAAUCAAACGUUCAACAACAAAAGUUAUUGUAUAAAAGGUACUUAAGUUUAGUAGAUAUACUUAGAUUAGAUAGGAAGGACAAAAGAAUAAUCUGUAUGCAGGCUGAUGCUAUAA